UGCCAAUCCUGGGGUCAUGCAGUUGCCUGGUUUCUGGUUUGCUUUAUAGACAAACGCACCCUCCUCUUCUCUGUUACACAUUCCCAUUGAUUUCCUCCUUCAUCUCAUCUUCAUUAUUUGUUGAAUCUGAGCUCUCCCAAACAGAUUGGAAAUUAUGGAUAGAACAGCACGUCUAAAUUUAUUGUUCAGCCAGGACGAGGCCUUGUUGAGACUCGAUACUCAGCUUCGAACUGUGCCUGAGGUUCAGUCCAACCGGGACUCUAGUUCUACCAAUGAUAACGUCAAUACUGGGAGGGAGCCCUCGAAACCUACCAUUUCACAGCUGGCGCAGAGCAUCGGACCCUCUAAACCAGAUGCCGGCAAUGAGCGACAUGAGAACGCGCGAGGGGAGGUUUCCAAAAGCGUGACUCCAAUCCCUGGAUCUUCUACGCAGACAAUUCCGGUCUAUACCUCCUCUUCUCGAGAAGGCUCUGAUGUGCCUCACGACGGGACUUUCUCUCCUUUGGUGACAAUCUCAAGGUACGCCUACAAGUACAUCAAAGGCCCGCUAUCACAGAAACUGGCUAGCGAAUUCUUCGAUGGAGGCAAGUUCUGGAACCGAUGUUGGAAUCUGUACUAUAUCAAGCUUCCACCUCUUACAGGCCCUCGUCAUCUGCUUCUCGUGCCCACUGCCCAGGUCCGUGCCUUUUUCCAGGAGAUUAAUCGUGCCCUGCAGUGCAACUUUACUCUAUCGGGUGAAGGACUGAUUCUUUCCUUUCAAAAGGAAGGCUUUCCGCAGCCCGUAUUCAUAGGCAGAAGCAUAUGUCGGGAAACGAAAGACCGCCUCGAAUCGCAAAUUCCUGUCUCAUCGGAGGCACCUCGUCCUUCAUCUGGAAUGGACGAGCAGUUCCUUGCCUUUGAACAAAUGGUAGAGACCGCAUGGGAAACAACCAGAAACAAAAAGAAGCCUUCUAAGGCCAAACAGCAACAACGCCUGCAGAAUCAACGGCGCCUAGUUGAGGGCCUCCGACGAACACAGAGUUACCUGGGUCUACGCUCCAGUGAGGUAGACGACCUGAUUGAUGAUGUGGCCUGGGAGGAAAAGAAAGCCCAGGACCCUAUGCCUGAGACCCCCAAGCCGCUGCACAUGGACAAGCCGGCACCGUUCCCUUUCUGGAUGGAGCCUGUUUUCAUUAGUAUCGAUGUGGAAUCUAACGAGCAUUAUCAUAAGCAGAUAACGGAGGUGGGCAUCUCCACUCUGGACACCUUGGAUCUCGUCGGCAUGUCUCCAGCCGAAGACGGGGCCCAUUGGAGGGACAGAAUCAAGUCGCGUCAUUUGCGUGUGCAAGAAUACGCUCACCAUGUCAACCAACAUUUUGUCGCAGGCUGUCCCGGGAACUUCGAUUUUGGGACCAGUGAAUGGGUCUCAGCCAAUGAUCUGGGAGCCACUGUACAGGACGCCUUCCAAGUCUCAUCUUCGUCGUCUCCAACGCGUGCACCACGUCAUCUGAUCCUCGUUGGACAUGCUAUAAACAGCGACAUCCAGUAUCUCCGCCAGAUAGGAGUACGGAUGGAGCGCAAGCCGGAGGGAACUGCCGGGUUUAUAGGGACGGUGGACACAGCGGAGUUCUUCCGUAUCAUUCGCGGCGAGCCGACCACGCGCAAAUUGGCAGAUAUCCUCCAGGAAUUCAAUAUGACCGGCUGGCAUUUGCACAACGCGGGUAACGAUGCGCGAUACACCAUGGAGGUGAUGCUUUGCAUGAUGCUGGAACAUAGCCGAUGAGGGGAAGAAUCACUGACAGGUCAGAUUGACGAUGCCAAAGCUGUAGUUUUUUUAAGGUUCGAAGAAUGAUUCGGGGUAUGAUCUUCAGGGGUAAUGCAGUAGUCGACAGAGUCUGGAUGUAAUUGAAUGCACGAUGGACAACAGCUCAGGCAAGAUUAAACUCUAAUUCAUGUUGUUUUAUGUAUCCACCGAGGUCUAGAUCCCACUUCUUCGACUCAACCCAAGCUGUGAAGGCAUACAGAGUAUUGUGAAGUGGACCCAUUAAUACUCACCGGCUAACAAUGCAGCUAAAGCG